CUCGCAAAGGCCGAUUUGUUUAUUCCUCUGCCGCAGGGCUCAACUGCAGAACUUUUGCGUCGAAGCUACUUUCUUGCCCUCACGAGUAGCCGUGGGAGCCAGCAUUGUUCGGAGCCCCAUUUUAUAAACCUUGAACCUGGGACCCUGCGAACCCAGGACAGGGAGAUAACUGGAGAUGAAUCCAGGGACGUCAUCCUGUCAGCCACAGCUACGGGAGUCCUGCUCCUGGGGCCCAACCCGGGACUGCAGCAGUCCUGCUGUAGGGCCUAACAGGUCCUGGGGUGGGUGUCUCUUCCACUGAGCAGCCUGAGUCUCCAACCACAGCCCGAAUAAUGAACAGUGUUUGGGGGGUCCCAGACCUCCAAGAGCACAGAACGAUGCUCUCGCCAUAUGACCAGUGAUCUUUCUCACCCUCACCUUUCAUUUGUUGGGAGCAAGAGAAGGCCGGUGGGAAUAAACUCCCCGGCUGUGAGGGCAAGUGGCAGAGCCUGAGUUGUCCAGCCUGGAAAGUCAGGACUGAAACUAGCCCAGCUGGAAGAGUGUGGGUUGGGGCCUAACAGGGCCAGAGGGCACUUGGGGUCAGGACACACACCUCAGCACAGGAAUGCUCCCAGUCCAAGACCCCAGCUAGGAGGAGACUGGCUGUGGCCCCGAGGGCGGGCUGCACGCUUUAAUGGGACACAUGUCGCUGUGUGGCUCCCUCAAGCCCAGCCUGUGCCCGGCUUUGAGCAGACACAGGCAGAAAAUCGCUGCAUUGUCCCAACAUUAGAACGACUAAUGUGGCGUUGCCAGCGUGGCCAGAGCGUGAAACCCGCAGAAAGGCCUUGCUGGCGGGUCCUCCCUGCCUCCGCAUCUUCAUCAGACACACGGAGGCCUGGUGUGUUGUCAUAGUCAUUAGGGGGGCUCAGAACCAGCUGGACCCAUGGACCUUCCUCAGUGGGUGCCCCCUCAGAAUGCUUGGAGGCAAGGGACGGCAAGCACUAGGAGCAGAUACGACAACAUGGGCACCAAGCCUGGGACCCAGGGCAGCUCCGGUGGCCAAGCCGGCGGCUUCCGCAAGAUCUCCAAGCCACUGAUGGAGAAGAAGCGACGGGCACGCAUCAAUGUAUCGCUGGAGCAGCUGAAGUCGUUGCUGGAAAAACACUACUCCCACCAGAUCCGGAAACGCAAGUUGGAGAAGGCGGAUAUCCUGGAGCUGAGCGUCAAGUACAUGAAAAGCCUUCAGAACUCGGCUCAAGGGCUCUGGCGGGUCCCCAGCGGAGCCGAGUUCCCGUCUGGCUUCCGCAGCUGUCUGCCGGGAGUCAGCCAGCUUCUGGGGCGCGGAGAGGACGGCGGCGGCGGCCUGCGCUGCCCCCUGGCGCUUGAGCGCGCAGGUGGCAGCACCAUGGACAGCGCCAGCCCGAGCCCGGAGGCGCCCGCGCCGCUUGGCCCCUGCGUCCCCGCCAUUUGGGCCCCUGCUCCAGCCAUCGGCGGCUCGAGGUCCCAGCCACCCCGGCUCCUCUUCCCUGGAGGUCUCCCCGGCCCGUCCUCCAGCGUCCCGGGGCCGCAGCCGGCCCCUCGCCGCUGCGCCGAGAGCCCGGGGCCGGGUCUGGGGGUUUGGCGGCCCUGGUGAGUCCCGGCGCCGCCUCAGACUCAAGGGGGCCCCCUUCUGGCCCCGGGACGCAGAGACUGUUUAGAGCGCGCCUGCGGUGAUGGCCGGGACCCCAGGCUUCCGUCUUGGUCCCGUGGCAGGGGUGGCUGGGAGGGUGUCGCGUGCCCGCGAACGCGAGGAAAUACACGGAGCCUCGAGGGGGACCUGUGCCCCCCACCCCCAGCCCCACCUACUCAAGCUGGACCCGCUCUCUCCUCGUCCCACCUUCUCGCGGGGCUGGGAGGGGAUGUCCCAGGCUGCUCCUCUUUCCCAGGGCCCCCGGGGGGCAGCCCUCCCCCGCCCCCGCCCCCGCCCCCGCCCCGCAGCCUCGCCGUUGUGGGAAGGUCGCCGUCGGCAGCGGCGCAGAGCGGACCCCUCGCAGCGAGGAGAAUCGCUGCCCCGCCCCGGCCCAUUCAGCCAGCCGAGGACGCCCGGUUCCCACCGGCACAAAGCUCGCCGGGUCCCGCCCCGCCGGCGAGGGGCCCCCUGCCCACCCCCACCUUGGAGCUUCUCGGCUUCCACGGGUCCCCACCCCCUCCGCACGCAGCACAGCCCACCCGGCCGGCGCGCUCUCUGAGGCCCGCCCAUCUCAGAAGACCUGCCCCGAGCUGCCCCAGCUCAGCAGCCCGCCCUGCCGCCAGAUGCUCCGCCCACCGCUCGGGUCACCCCACACCCCGCAGCGCGCGGCUCCUGAGGGUUCCGGCCGCCGGACCUCUGUUGCCGCCACAGAACCCGCGACCCUCGACAGCCCUCCGAGCGCUCUGCGCCUGUUUAUUCUUCCGGAAACGAGGUCAUUGCUGUGCUCCGACCCUAGCCCGGGGUCCCGGUGUUCGAGGCGCAGCCUGGGGCUGGGGGAUGAGAAUCCUGCGCCAAGCCCUGGGAGGGAUCCUGGCAUUUCCAGCUUGAAAUUCAGAAUACAGACAGUGGCGAACCUGUGAGAUGGGUACAAAGAGACCACGGAAGUCCAAAUUUCUCCCACGAUGCCUACU